CGGCGAGAUUUUGCUAAACCGCAUACGCCUCGGCACCUUCUUCUGGGUUCCCGGAGUCGGCGAGAGCUUAGGCUUUCGAAGAGCCAUAGCGCGGGUCAGAAGCUUUACGGAGUACUUCGUCCAGGCGGCGGUCAAGUCAGUUCGCUCUGGGAAGACUGAAGCCAUGAAGGAGACACUACUUAAUCGCCUCGCCACUCAGACUCAAGAUCGCAAAGAGCUGCGCGAUCAAACUUUGUCAAUCCUAUUCGCCGGUAGAGACACCACGGCCGCUUUACUUGGAUGGUGCUUUGUGCGAUUGUCACUCCAUCCCGACAUCUAUGACAAGCUUCGCAGCAUCGUGCAGAAGGAGUUCGAAGGCGACGAGGGCAUCAGCUUUGCCCAGCUCAAAGGUUGCCGUUACUUACAGCACUUCCUCAAUGAAGUGCUACGGUUACAUGCCACGGUGCCCUUCAAUAAUCGCGUAGCGGUUAGAGACACUACUCUGCCUGUAGGUGGCGGACCAGACCAACUCUCACCAAUUGCCAUCCGCAAAGGACAGGCCGUCUUCUUCACCGUAUACCUGAUGCACCGACGCAAGGACCUUUGGGGAGACGAUGCGCUCGAGUUCAAGCCUGAGCGAUGGGAACAGAAAGUGCCUGCUUGGCAGUUCUUACCGUUCUCGGGUGGACCACGGAUCUGUCUUGGUCAGCAGUUUGCCCUUGUUGAAGCACGCUAUCUCCUUGUCCGGAUGCUGCAGCAAUUUGACGCCAUUCAGCCCGUCGAGAUGGCUCAGGCGCUGAGGAUGCCGAAAGGCUUGGGCUUAACGAUGUGGCCAGGGGAGGGAGUCAAAGUUAGGUUACACAAGGCUUCAGCGUGCUGAUGCCGUGUGGCCAUCGGCAAUGCGACACGUCGUACUGUCGAGAACAGGGGCCCGCGGCACUACGAAGCGUAAUGCGUGGGGUCGGGAUGUCGUUGGGAUGUGGCUGCAUUAUAGAUGCUCUCCACUUCGCGCAGAUGAUGAUACCCCUAGGACAAGAUCAUAAGCGGGUGACUUCUGUUACGGCGCGCUUUGUAUUAUGACGGCCGUAGAAUAGACCGGCGUUCUGCUGUGAAAUGUUCCUUGAGAGUUUUCCCCCGGGCAAACCCUUCGAAAUGGCACUUCUAGGUCCUUAUAAAAGCACAACCCAGGUCGCACUGCACCAAUCCAAGUAACGGAGUAAGGGCAACACAAACGAACGAUCGCCGUCAGCG